UAUAUGUGUUGUGCAGCUCUAGUGGUCAAGCUAAACUUGAAGUUGAUGGCUCAGAUCAGACUACACCCGUCAUGCCCAUAAACCCCGCCUCCGACUCCGCCCCCAACGCAAAGCGGCAAGUCAAACGGUGUAUCCGCCGGCGACGGGAGAGCACCAGGACCGUUGGGUGUGCAACAGAGUGUGUGGACCAACCGAGACAUUCACGGUUGCAUAAGCAAACACACACACACUCUGACUCCUCCUCAGAGGACGAGCAGCGCUGGAGAGAAGCUCGCUCCUGGAGCCUCCAGAAAGCGCGACGGAGACGCAGCGGCAGCCGACACACGCAAGCGCAUCCCCGUGAGGAACAGGACGCCACUAAGCUCAUGUCUGUCAACUCAGACGAGGGACAGAAAGAGAACCAGCCACCACUGUGCAAGGGCCCCAACACCAGGGCCCAUAAAAAGUUGUCAAAACGGGAGGAGCGUGGGGGCCAAAGCCAGACAGCCAAUCACAGAAAAGCGAAUGAGCUUGGUAGUAAUAGGAGCAGAAGUGAGGAGGAAGAGCCUAUUACAAAGACGUAUGAGGAAAGAGGUUCAGGAGAUCCAGAUAUGUCUGUCCCGUCCCCUUGUAAAUGCACUAUUCCUACCAAUCAAAAUGGUGCCACGCAACAAGCAUGCACUGAUGAUGAGCUAGAGGUGUGCAGGAUCUGUCACUGUGAAGGUGACGAGGAGUGUCUGCUCAUCACCCCUUGCCGCUGUACAGGAAGUUUGCGUUUUGUGCACCAGGGCUGCCUGUACCAGUGGAUCAAGAGCUCCGACACACGCUGCUGUGAGCUGUGCAAAUAUGACUUCAUCAUGGAGACACACCUCAAGCCUUUGCACAAGUGGGAAAAGCUACAUAUGUCUACAAGCGAGCGGCGGAAGAUCUUCUGUUCUGUGACUUUUCACCUGGCGGCUGUGGUGUGUGUCAUCUGGUCACUCUACGUUCUGAUUGACCGCACAGCUGAAGAGAUCCGCCAAGGCAAGAACAAUGGGGUGCUGGAUUGGCCGUUCUGGACCAAGCUCAUCGUGGUGGCGGUUGGCUUUUCUGGAGGACUCAUCUUCAUGUAUAUUCAGUGCAAAGUCUACCUGCAGCUCUGGAGGAGGCUGAAGGCUUUCAACAGGAUCAUCUUUGUACAGAACUGCCCUGACACCGUCCGCGACGAAGAGAACAGGCCACCCCCAGUCACCCAGAGCAACGGCACGCACGGGACAGCGGAGGCUCCCGCUCCUCAGACACAAACAAACACAGGAGUGGAAAUGGCCCCUGUUUGACGAUGGAUGCUUGCUGCACUGAAUCUCAGUUGCGGAAAAAUUUAGGAAAGGGCUUCUGGUGUAUUUGACCAAAGUGAUGUGAUUUACAUAUAACAAAAGCACUUUUUACAUUUUUAUUAGAGGGUGGGUAAACUUAUAUAUAGGGCUGUCAAAUUAUAACAUUAAAAGGAAUAGCUCAGCCCAAAAUAAAGAUUGUCAUAAUUUACUCACCCUCGUGUCUUUCCAAACCUGUAUAAGUUUCUUUC